AUGGCGACCAGAGCUUUGCUCGCCGUUAUAUCUUCUUCUCCGAAUCGCUGCUUCAUCUCAACGCGAAGGAUAAAAAACCAAGCUUCUUCAGCUUUUUCUACUUCUCCAAGUCUCCAUUUCCAAAUACAGAGUAGAAAAACCCAUCGAAUAGCUCCAAGUUUCUCGUCUGACACUAACUCCUCCGCUCUUCAGCCGCCGGACGUUUCCCGUCUGGCUGAGACAGCUCGAAUCUCUCUCACUCCGGCCGAGAUUGAGGAAUGUGGACCUAAAAUUCGUCAAGUCAUCGACUGGUUUGGCCAGCUUCAAAAAGUUGAUGUCAACAGUGUGGAGCCAGCAAUUAGAGCAGAAAUGGAAGGUGGAAAUUUGCGAGAGGAUGCUCCCGAAACAUUUGAGAACAGGGACGGUAUAAGAGAUUCCAUUCCAAGCUUUGAGGGUACAUAUUUAAAAGUCCCUAAAGUACUAAACAAAGAGUGA